AUGGGUAGUCAUCAGUCAUGGGCGCAGAUCGUCGCCGAGAAACGCUCCCAGCGCGAUCGCUUGUUAAAGCCCUACAUGGUCUCGGAUGUGGACCAGCGACCCCCUCAGGUCCGCCGCUUGCAGGAUCGCUCAUGUCUUCGGGACGAUCCUCUUUCGCAGGAGAUCACGGAGAUUGACAAUAUAGGCUCCUUGCUCGAACGCUUAAAGACUGCCAAAUUCACCGCCGAGCAAGUUGCCCUGGCUUAUAUCAAGAGGGCUGUGAUAGCGCACCAACUGACCAAUUGUCUCACAGAGGUGGUGUUUGAAGAGGCAUUGGCACAGGCUCGAGCUUUGGAUCGCGAAUUCCAAGAGACCGGCCAACUCAAGGGACCGCUCCACGGUAUCCCGCUCACCGUGAAGGACCAGUUUAAUGUCAAAGGGGUAGACACCACUCUUGGCUAUGUGGGACGUUCCUUUGCGCCUGCUACCGACGAUGCCGUCCUAAUUCACAUGCUGAAAGACAUGGGUGCCAUCGUGCUGGCUAAAUCUAAUUUGCCGCAGAGCAUCAUGUGGGCAGAAACGGAGAAUCCUCUAUGGGGCCUGACUGUCAACCCCCGAAACCCUGCAUUCACACCAGGUGGCUCGACCGGGGGAGAGAGUGUCCUUCUGGCCUUACAGGGCUCUCUGCUAGGCUUAGGAACCGAUAUAGGCGGUAGUGUCCGGAUUCCUCAGAACAUCAUGGGCUUGUACGGAUUCAAACCUAGUGUGAGUGUCUCGCCGUUGCUUCCCACCUAG